AUGACGUCGUCUAUCUGGUAUCGGGAUAAAGAUAGCCUUCAAAUCGGAGGGGUUAAUCGAUAUACGGUACGAUAUACUACUGAUGGACCAAGCGAGGAGAAGAUCCCCUCUGCAAUAUUUUUCAGAAUAAAAAACACCGAGAAUGCUCCAAUUAGAGCCAUCCAUUUAUUGAAUGGACCCUUUAUCUUAUACUGUCAUGUGGUGCCCUGUAACUAUGACCACAAGCAGGAAUUUGAGGUGAGUAGUAGCAAAAAACAGGAAUUGGGCAAAGAUGAUUCUCAGGCUGAUUUACAGACACUUUCAUCCUUACAAAAUAUGGGAAAGCAGAGUGGUAGUACCACAGAAGUUGCAUUUAGGAAUGAAAUCAAACCUGGCCAAACGUUCAAUGUGAAAUUGAAAUUGAACCGAAAUUCUCUAAAAGAAAGCCUGAAAGGUGGCUCGUGUAUCUAUGAAUGGUCUAUUGAUGUUAUAUCUCAAAUCGUUAUCACGACAUAUACUUAUAUUCAUUAUGAUUUGAUGAUUGGAAAUGAUUUCAACACAAUGAAAACAGUGAACCAUGGCUUGAAGUUCACUUUUUCGGAUAUUGGGCUGCAGAAUGAAAAGCCAAAAUCGAUAGAAGAUCUCUUGCAGAAGAACAAAAAGAAACCAUCUCCGGAGAAGCUAAAUAAAGUUGCUUCAGAUACCUCUUUGCAAGAGUACAAUCAUCCAAACUUGGAAGUAGUUAAGGAAACCGCAAACGAUAUGUGGUCCAGGCCUCCAAAAGACAUAAGUAAGCCUGCGCAUUUAGUGAUUGUCACCCAUGGUAUCUUUGCCAACGUUCAUGCAGAUAUGCUCUAUGUCAAGGAUUCCCUUGAAAAUGACCUGGGUCAAAAUAUUGUGGUAAGAGGAUACACUGGGAAUGCUGGGCAUACAGAAAGGGGUGUGAAGAGAUUGGGAAAGGCGGUGGCAGACUAUAUUGUAGAUUUGAUUGAACUGGUUCAGGUCAAGAAGGAAUUGAAUUAUUCUUUCAAUAAGAUAUCGUUUGUUGGACAUUCACUUGGUGGAUGUGUUCAAUUGUACGCUAUCAAGUACAUCCUAGUAAUGAAAGGAGUAGAUUAUUUCCAGAGGAAAGGUUUAGAGCCUGACCAGUUGAUUUGCUUGGCAAGUCCUCUAUUGGGUGUUCUUCAUGAAAUGAGUUUUGUAAUAUCGUGGUUUCUAGAUAUAGGAGCGCUAGGGAAAACAGGUAGAGACUUGACGCUUCUGAGAAAGAUUCCAACAUUCAAAGACAUUAAAUUGAAUAGACAAGAUCAUAAACAAGGCAGCGAGGAAGAGAACGAGAAACAUUUCCGCAGCAGCUUUAGACCAUUGCUUGAAACCUUGCCAACUGAUCCUCUUCAGAAGUUCUUAAGAGAAUUUAACCACCUAACAGUGUAUGCUAACGCCGUCAAUGAUGGGAUCGUGCCGCUAAGGACAAGCUCUUUAUUGUAUUUAGAUUGGGAGGCAUUGGGGAAAGUUGGUGAUAUAAAAGAAAAGGUUAGCCAUGGUAAAGAUAAACCAGAGGAAACAACAAAACAGAAUUCUCAUCUGAACGAAGAGGGCAACGCUACUUCUUCAGGUUCCGUGAAAACUGUACGUACCCUCAACAGGACUUCCAUAGGAGAAGUGCCGGACGACUCAAGAUCUUUCGUAAAUAAAGAGGAUGAAGUAAAAGUAGCAGAACUGCAAUUCAUGAAAUAUUUCGAAUUUUUAAAGAUCAACAGAACGAGAAAGAACCUAAAACUGAAGCGAGAAAAGUUUAGCUUGAUCAGCGCCAAAGGAACUGAUCCUGAAUUGUAUAAAGCACAACUGGCUCAAGGCGAAACCAAGAAACCAAAAGUUAACGAAGAAGAUAAUGGUGACGACCAACUUGAAGAUGACGAAGAGGCAACUGAUGAAGAUGCAGACACUGAUACGUAUUCAGAGUCAAAUUUUUCAGAGCUUCAUAUUCCACCGAAAGCAUCAGUAAUUGAAUCGGCUCUCAAUACACUAAUUUGUCCUGUUCCUACGUCAACGUACAUAACCCAACCGGAAUCUAGACAUGAUGUGAUUUUCCAUGACAAAUACUACAGUUUUAAGAAUGUUCCAGAGGAGAAGUCGAUGUCACUGACCAGGAAUGUAAUAGGUCAAUUUUUAUUCAAGUAUCAUGAUAAUAAGGUUGACAAGCAAGUGAAAAUUGCUAGAAGGUAUCAUAAUAAUACUACGUGGAGAAAAGUUUUAGUCCACUUACCACCAGACGCCCAUAACAACAUAAUAGUUCGUAGAAGGUUUGCCAAUGGAUACGGGUGGGGGGUUAUUGACCAUUUAGUGGAAUUGUUUCAAGACUCAAAACCGAAAAUGUGA